AUGUUAAGAGGUUGGUUUGGUUACAGAUACAUUUUUAUAGUUGAAUAACAAAUUGAGGACAUAUUUCAUUAUAAAUUAUCAGAGAGGCGCUUUUUCCUUAUCAAUGACCCAUUGUGUCAAAAAGGAAGUGGUGUAGUUAAGUUAUUUUGCAUAUAUACACUUGUUGAGAAAGGUCCCAAUAAAAGAUGCUUUAUUAAAUGUAUUGAAGCCGGAACUUGCUGUUCCUUCCUCCUGGGGUAAAAUCAGCCAGCUUCUGACAUUCUUUCGCUUCAUAAUUGACUGUGUGCAUCGUAGAGAUGACCAACCAUAGCAAUUCCUCCCACGAGCCUGAACAAGAGUUGAUAAACACCUUACUGAGAGAGGACUUCCGGUUACCGAACUCGUACCUGGUGGGUUUGUCUGGCCUGUUUCUGUGGACUUUUCUGAACACUGUUAUCGUGGUGAAAGCCGAGCGUGCCCAGAUUUCGCUGACGGAGGGAGGGAGCGUCACGGCGCUCCAGUACACCCAGAUCAGCGUGUGUAACACGGCAGCGGCGGCCCUCAUCCUCACAGCCAACGUCCUCAACGUCACUGACGUGCCCUGUACGUUCGUCUUGGUCUUUGAGCAGCUGUUUAACAUUGUUCACCUGGCGUCCGUUCUACAAGUGGUGAUAUUGUCCGUACAGCGACUGCUGUGUUACCAGUUCCCGAUCUGGAGCAACACGUGGUACAAGUCCCGGUGGUUAAGAUUAGCUACUUUCUCCGUCUAUGCCAUCGCUGUUGUCAUCGAAAUCCUCGGAUUAAUUGAGAUCAAGAAUGUUCAACUUGAAAAACGAGAAUAUUGUUUUGGAAGUGAAUUUAGUUUUGCAUUUUUUAAGCACAGUCUCGCGGUAGUUCAGUAUUGGUUGCGGUUUGGUGCCGGAAGAGUUUUCCCCUGUGUGAUUUUACUUCCGGUUACAAUUCUGUUAACAGUAGUGGUGAUUAGGAAUUACAGACAGCGAAUUCAACUUCGGAGCGUGACCGCCUGCGAGUCCUUUCUGAACGAUUCUGUCGUAAUAUUCAUUGCCUCCACGACAUUGUUUACUGAAACGCUGUAUAUAAUUAUCCUUAAUCUGGACAAUGUUGACACCAAAACAAAAGCGACUUCCAUAAGAAACAUUUACCGGCAUCUUAUUACGGACGCCAUCUUGCUGCUGACCUACACGUGGUACUUUUUCUACCACACCAUUCUAGGGACCAAAGAACGCAAGUUCGUACACAAAUGGAGGAAGGAAACUUUCUCAAGCUUCACGCGAUCGUCCAGAUAUUUCACCAUCCGGAAGAAGCAGAAGAAGGACCGGCAGUCGGGGAUCUCGGUGGCGCCUGAAUCGAGUACGGCCGGCGGCGUCCGGUCCGUCGUCUCAAUGAAUCAGGAAUCUAGUGCAUCCGGUGUUCUAGAGAGGGAGUUCUGACCUUUUAAACCCUGGGAAAGCAUAUAUUUAUAUAUAUAGACACACACACAUGUUUAAAGAAUGAAAUCCGUGUAUUUUAUUAUAACUUUGUUUUAACUUUUUAUCCUGCUCGUUUGUAAGCUAGUUUCCAGUAAUAAAACAAUGCAAGGAUUGUA